GCGCGUGCUCCCCGUGUUGCUAAGCUAGGCAGGCAGCUGACGGAGUGGUGUCUGUUUGUAUGUAUGCCUGCAGGGAUCAUCGGAACCAUGGUCACCGGCGGCGACGGCAGCAAGCUUCCGGACCUCAGGGACGUGCUCUCCUUCUCCUUCAAGUUCAUGAAGCAGGACAAGAAGGAAGGCUCGUCCAACGCCUCGCCGCAGAACGACCUCUUGUUGUCUCAGGUCAACUAUCUCAGGGAUCAGCUCCAAGCAUUGUCCCGUGAGGCUCAAUGCCCGCAGAUUAUCAACGUCAAUGGUGGACCAGGCGCUGGUGCUUAUGGUUUAACUUUUAUUGCUGUUGGAGCCAUUGGCUAUUUAUACAUAAGAUGGAAGGGAUGGAAAAUUUCUGAUAUGAUGUUUGUCACCAAGCGUGGCUUGGCUGAUGCCUGCAACGUAGUUGGCAAACAAUUGGAUCAGGUUUCGGAAAGUGUUCAUGCUUCAAAAAAGCAUUUGGCUGGAAGGAUCGACCGAGUCGAUUGUAGUCUAGAUGAAUGCCACGAAAUUAUUGAAGCCACAGGGAAAGAGGUUACAGUAAUACAUGGAGAUCUAAGUGCCUUUCAGGAGGAAAUACAAUCAGUUCACCAUGUUGUCCGCACUCUGGAGACAAAGCUUGGACGCCUUGCAUAUACUCAAGAUCACACAACACGAGGAAUACAUGAGUUAUGUGAGUUCACUAAAAGAUUGGAUCGGAGUCCGAAAGCCGAUACUCUUAAGGUCACAGCAUCAACUCCUCUCCCUGCAAUCGAGUCUUCAGAAGGAAUUACUAGGACUGCUUCGUUGCCGUCAGGUUCAGAACCCGUGUCUCCUGUAGCUCAAUCACCUAGAGCAGAUCCACCUAAGGUUCUGCGUUCGUCUACAGCCAUAUCAGCAUCAGGACUGAGUAUGCUAGCUGGAACUACAGCAAUACCUAAAAGGGCUGUGAUCAACCGGGCAACUUCGAUGAAGGAAGGAGUGCCGACCCCCGAGGCGCCAAAGGACACUUCAAGCACAGCAGCAACACUCAAGAGACCUGUUUCGAGUUCGAGCCGGUUCGGUUUCCUGCGGGGUUUCGCCAGCUGAGGGACAGGCGAACGAAGAUGAUAUACUACAUAUGGCACUGCCUUGCUGUGGUUUGUGCCAAAAGACAGCACGACAUCCCAGUAACCUUUUUUAUUACUUGUAACAUUUAUCUAUCUAUCCAUCUAGCUAGAUAUGCAGGGCAGGUAAGUUAGUAGAAAAACAUGGCAGCCGGCAAAGUAAGGGGAAUUUGCUUUGCCAGACAAAUUUUUGUAGAAAGCAAAAUAUGUAUGGCGGAGAUACGAGGGGUGGUGAUAUGAUGGCAAGAGAUGCGUUAAGUACACUGUCAUUGUACACUGUCAUUUACUCGCAUGGUUAAUUUUGGUGAAGCAAGGAUGAUGUAUACGAGGUUUCUGAUCUCGAUA